AUGUAAUUAUCACACAUCAUUUGGUCAUUUUUUGGAAUCCUAUUAGCAUACAAUGUCAAAUUGUAUAUGGACUCCAAAGUUUAAUAUGAUAUGAAAAUAGAAGGAAAUGCAAUUACAAUCAAUUUGUAAGGAAAAUCUAUUGGGAAUAGUGGAUUGGAAGUUGCUUGUAAAUAAUUCUAAGAUUAUGUUAAUGUGACAAGAUUGGAAGCUAAUUUUAAUUUGAAUGGAUUGACAAAUGUUUAGACUCUUUUGUUAACUAUAAGUCGAUUCAAAAAAUUAAAAGAAUGUAUAUUUCUUUAUUUAUUAUGAUCUUAGUGAAUUUGCAUAUUGGAAAUAAUCCAAUUGAUAAUUCAACUGCUUCAAAUAUUUAAGCUCUUUUAAUAUAAUUAUAAAAUUUAGAAUCUCUCUCUUUAGGAUUGGAUAACCUAUUUACACAUCAAGGAAGAUCAUAAAUUUUGAAGAGUAUUUCUGAAAUGAAGAAAGUUCAUACACUCCAGAUCUCACUUAUUAAUACAGAUUUAGGUGGAAAUAAGAUUGAUAUGUUACUUCCAUUAAUUGAAAUGAGAUAAUUAAAAUCAUUAGAAUUAAUACUUAUGGGCUGCAAUAUAACUGCAUCAUCAACUAAAUCUUUGUAGACAUUAUUAUAUAAAUUACCAAAAUUAGAAAAUUUAGUUUUAAAUCUUUAUGGUAAUAGGAUUAUGGUUGAUGGUAUUGAUGAUUUAAGUGCAGGUCUAUAUCAUUAAAGAUAAGUAAAAAGUUUAGAAAUAGAAUUGUAUUUCAAUAACAUUACUUCAAAUGGAACAGAAACAUUAAUGGGUGUUACUGGAUAAAUGAUUAAUCUUACUAAAUUACAUAUUGGUUUAGAAUUUAAUUACAUUGAAGAUAAAGGGGCUCAAUAUAUUGCUACAGCUUUAGGAAAUCUAUAACAUCUUGAUGAUUUAUCAAUUAAUGUAGCUUCUAAAAAUUUUGGAUAUUUAGGCUAUAAUGCUAUAUUAUAAGCAAUUGAAAAAUUGCCUACUUUAAACUCAUUAUAAUUAAUUAUUGGAGUGAAUAAAUGUGGUCCUAGAGGUGCUGACUUAUUAAAACAAGUAUUAUUUAAGUAGGAUAAAUUGAAGACAUUAGUUUUGGAUUAUACUGAAAAUUAUAUAGGAGAUGCAGGUGCUUCUUUUGUUGGAGAAGGUUUAAUGUCUUAAAAGAAAUUAGAAUAUUUAAAAUUGAAUUUGAAUUUUAAUUCAAUAUCUGAUAGGGGAGCUGUAGAUGUUGUUAAAUCAAUUCAUUCUAUUAAACAUUAACCAAAAUAUAUAGAUUUAAGAUUAAGUUAAAACAAAAUCUCAGACAUAGCAUCAAAAGAAAUUCUUCGUUAUGUUUCUGAUAUAACAAAAGUUGUAGAUUACAUAGAAUUAGAACUUUUAGGAACAGCUUUAACAAAUUCAACAAGAGAUGAUCUUAUUCAAAAUUAUAAAAAUCUGAAAAAUUUAAAUUUUAUUGUAGAUACAAUACCUCCAAGUUAUUGGGAUGAAUAAUGA